AUGGCCAGCGAAGUUGAAGAUACUUUGAAACGCAUUCAAUCUCACCGUGGAGUCAUCGGUACAAUUGUAGUAAAUAACGAAGGCAUUCCUAUUAAGUCGACUUUGGACAAUUCAACUUCGGUCCAAUACGCUGGAUUGAUACAACAGUUAGCUGAUAAAGCUAGGAGUGUUGUGAGAGAUUUGGAUCCGUCUAACGAUUUGAUGUUCUUGAGGAUGCGUACUAAAAAACAUGAGAUAAUGGUGGCACCAGAUAAAGAUUUCAUUAUGAUUGUCAUUCAAAACCCAACAGAAGCACAGUCAUAA